CCCCCCGGGAUGUGUGCAAUGUGCGCAGUUGUGAGCGAUGUGCCCAAUGGCAGAGAUGUGAGAGCGAUGUGCCUCGUUCGCUCGAGAGAAGAGUGAAGUCCAGUGAUGGACCGGCAGUUUUAUAAGAACAUAAGGGGCAUGGAAUUCGUACCCCCACCCCCCCUGACCCUCCAUUCCUUCUCUCAUUACCGCCAGCUUGAAUUCGCGAUUACCGUUCUUGUUUCAUAGUCGUCGAAGGCUUGUGCAUUCCUCCUGUAUCAACACUAUUGAUGUCAAAACGUUCUGAACUCCCCCUUGAACUCCAGGCGUUCGUCAGCCUCACACAGUCCUUCUCUCCUUCUCUCUACAUCGCCCUGCUGGACGCAGCAGUAGUCGUCAACUCCGAAGAGAUCCUGCCUCCAUCCAUAAGCGACUACGAAUUACUUGGGCUGAAAGGAAUGCUAUUCCAAUCGAGUCGGGUUAUUGCCUGCCUUCGGUUCUGCCACGUAUUGGAGACGGUAUCGGUUAUCUCUGCCCUCCCUCCGGUGACCUAUACCGACCCUAAGGGUAUCGGCCACUGCCUUCGAACGGCACCAAAGGGGGAUGAAUGGGAUGGCAAUCCAGAGCGUGGGCCCUUGGGUUCUGUCUACGGAACUGCCAGCGCGAGCUCCGGCGCAUAUGCCAGUGAUUCUGAGGCUUCCGAGGCUUCCGGAGCCCGAUACCCUGCCAGAAUGACUUCAAGAAACCAGAUGCUCAAAGAUCUGGAGACCAUCCCCACCAUCGAAUAUGCCGAGCGAAUUCAUCCAUGGAUUGCUUUCGGCCACUUCAGUUUGACGAAACAAGAGUAUCCGCUUGAGGAAACCAGCCCCUGGAACCAAAUGAAAGCCAUGAUGAAGCAACAGCAUGCCCGCACGCCAAGCAAAAACCAUGCCGGGAGCACUACUGGUAAUGGAGGAGAUGCGGGGCGGAUUAAGAGACCCAGGACAUCAUUCUCUGGUAACAGAGAUGUUGAUGAAGACGGCGAUUGCAACGACUACGGGUACGACGAUGACGACGAUGACGACGACGAUGACGACGACGGCAGAUCUCCUACCGCGAGCCUACCUCCUGGGGAUGAUCUUAUGGAAUGCUUCUUAUGCCAGGAUCAUUUUUGGACUCUGACAGUUUAUUCUGUCUUGCAGGCAACAUCUCGUGCAAUUCCAUUCGGAAAACUGUUGUCCCAUUUGUGA